AUGUCUACCCUGAACUCAGAGAACGCCUCCACCCUGGAGAGCGCCAUGCAGUUGAUGAUCCAGACCUUCCACAAGUACUCUGGUAAUGAGGGAGACAAAUACACACUCAGCAAGAGUGAGUUGAAAGAUUUGCUUACGCAGGAACUAGGAAACUAUCUCGGGAAUGCACAGGACAAGGAUGCUGUAGAGAAGGUGAUGGGUGACCUGGACUCUAACAAUGAUGGUGAGGUGGACUUUACAGAGUUCGUCAUCCUAGUCGGAGCGCUCACCGUUGCCUGUAACGACUUCUUCCAGGAGUUCAAUACAGAGAAAGGUGCUAAGAAGGAUUAGGUGCUGUUUCAUCUCUCUGAACUAAAGCUAACAAAUAACCACUGAAUGAAAAAAAGGAGAAAAAGCUGGCAGGAUAGAUGUGUAUACCAAUCUACACACACCAGUACCACCAAUGUAUAAUUUUACACAUAUUGGGCCUCAGAACACAUCUGUUGGUGGUCAUGAGGAAGUAAAAUACACACGAGAGCAAAAAAAAAAAUAAUAAUAAAAAAUCCGAUUCAGCGAUGGUCAUUGUUGAGUAUGUGUAUAUUGUCAGUUCUUUUUUCUUUCAUUUUUAUUAAACACCUUUUUGUGUCUGUUAAUUGU